AUGGCGACCCGGGACAAGUACGGAGGAAAUGAAUGCUUGUCAUUUGUUUUUAUUUCAUUCAACUUCAUUGCUGGUACUAUUGAGCAUGUUUGGUCCACCAUCAAGGAAGCUUAUGGGAAGGUUUCAAUUGGUACUUACUCCUUUGAUCAAGACAAUGCUAGGAGGGAACUUGGAAAUAUGAUAAUCUUGUAUGAGUAUCCGCUUUUGAUGGUUGAAUACAUUGGAUUUAGAAGAUUCAUGAAUACUUUGCAACCAUUGUUUAAGAAUGUUUCUCGUAAUACUAUAAAGAAUGGUAUUUUGAAAAUAUAUGAUUACAAGAAAUUGAAAGUGAUGAGCUUAUUGGAGAAGAACAAUGGCAAAAUUACAAUCACUACAGACAUGUGGACUUCUAAUCAAAAGAAAGGAUUCGUGGCCAUCACCGUGCAUUUCAUAGAUGAAGUUUGGAAACUUCAAAGUUGA